AUGGACAUUGAGGAAUGUGCCGAGUAUAAGAACAACAUGUUUACUACGACACGCGCACGCGAGUUACGCCAAGAAGUUGUUGAAAAGGAGAAUGAAGAACGAUACAAAUUUUUACAAGAUGUUAAAGACAAGAACGGCCACAAACCAGGAGAGUCUGAGUACGAUCCGACAUCUCUUCUCAUUCCAAAACUUACAUUGGCGCAAAUGACUCCCUUUGAGAAACAAUAUUGGAACAUUAAGAAAGACAAUUUUGACACAGUGAUCUUCUUUGCGAAAGGGAAGUUCUACGAAUUGUACGAGAACGACGCGGACAUAGCCAACAAGGAAAUGGAUUUAAAAGUGGUGAGUCGAGUUAAUAUGCGAAUGGCUGGAGUCCCCAAAGCCUCCUUUUCAACGUAUGCGUCCAAGUUGCUUAAUUUAGGAUAUAAAAUUGGAUGUGUUGAUGAAAUGGAGACAUCAGAAGAGAUGAAGAAGAGGGGGACUACAGUUCGAGUGAAUGGGAAGAAAGAGCCCAAUAUAGUUCGACGGGAGUUAAGAAGAAUUUAUACUGUGUCGACACUCACCGACCCCGAACUCUGUCUUGACACGAGCGAUAUGUUUUGUAUGAGUCUAGUGUUUACUGGAAAUAACGUUGGAGUGUGUUAUGGUGAUGUUUCCGUCUGUCGCUUCUUUUUAGGGUAUAUAGACGACACUGAUUUACAUAACAACUUACACACGAUAUUACAUCGAGUUCAACCCAAAGAGGUGAUAGUCUAUAAAACUAUCUCUGAAGAUAUUCAAAACAUUUUAAAAAAUCUUGGGUUUGCGGAGAUCAGUUAUGUCGAGGAAAAGACGGAAAAAUUUGGGAAGAGCGAAGUCCAAAAAUUAUUUACUGAGCGCGGGAAAGUCCCAAACACUUUAGAGAAGUACUCUGAGAACGAAGGUGUUAUGAAGAGCUUUGAGAUCAUGGUGGACUAUUUUCGAACGUUAUUGAUACCAGAUAAGUCCAUUGUGAAUGGGAGCUUUGGGGAGUACGUCACGUCGUCAAACGAUUUCUUGAUAGUCGACGCACAGAGUAUAGUCAAUCUCUCACUCUACACUAGAAAAGGCAAAGAGAAAGAAGGCACUCUCCUCCACUUUGUAGACAACUGCCAAACACCUUUUGGGAAACGAAUUCUGCGAGAGAAAUUCAUAUUAAAGCCGUUAAUGGAUGUCGAGAAGAUCUUGAAGAGACAAGCCGUCGUCGAGUUCUUUAUAGAAAAUCCGACUCUUGUCGAGCAACUGAAGACCUUUUUAAAGCCACUUCCGGACUUGGAAAGACUUUUAGUGCAGUGUGACGCAUCAACGAUUACAGAAGCGAAUUUCAUUCGACUUAUUGCGGGGUUUGAGACGUGCCAGAAACUCAUGGGAGAGCUCAAGAAUAUCGCUGAUGAUCUGCCCGACUUACUCAAAGUCGUCGUGAAAAAUACCAACAAUUUAGGGUUUCCCGAUUUAGAGGAAUUUAUCAGUAGAAUGGAGAAGACGUACGACUUUGAAAGAGCAAAAGAAGAACGCGAGUUGACGUUCUUUAGUGGGUAUAAUGAAGACAUAGACAAUGCGUUUGAGAAGAGAGGAGAAUUAGAGAAGAAGUUUGAGAAGGAGUUAGAGAGUGUGAAGCAGAAUAUGAGUGAUGUGAAGUAUAUUAGUUUGAAUGGGGAGGAGCACAUCUUGAAUGUGAGUUUGAAAGUGUUUGAGAAGUACAUUAAAAAGGCAAAAAGUCUACCGAAAGGGUUUUCAGAAGUGAAUCGGACAAAGAAUGAUAUACGACUGAAAAGUUUGCAAAUCAUGAAAAUACAGAGUGAAUAUGAUGUGAAUGAGAAACAAAUAGCGGACUCGCAUCGAACACUUUUCAAUCAAAUAAUGGGAGACGUUGCGAAGACUGGUAUUCUAGUGAAGGCGGUUGAAAACAUUGGACUGGUUGAUUGCUUUCUGUCACUCUCUGAUGCGUCACAGUCAAUGGAGAAUUCGUCGAUGCCGAAGUUUGUCAAAGACGGUGUGUUGUACUCACUGGAGAACAUCAACAAAGCGAUAGAAACACCACUGCAGAGUACAACACAACAUACACAACAGAUGGAAGAAGACGAGAAAUAUAAAACCAUCAAAGGAGCGUAUUUUAGUGCUAAAGGAUUAAGACACCCAUACUUAACAGUGUCAAGUAAAACGACUGCAGUGCCUUCGGAUAUUGAAAUGGGGGGAGAGAACACACCAAAGAGUAUUGUGUUGACUGGACCGAAUAUGGGAGGGAAGUCUACACUGUUAAGAACAGUGUGUUUGGCUGUUAUAAUGGCACAAAUGGGGAUGAGAUGUACUGCUGAGGAACUGACGAUGAGUGUCAUCGAUCGGAUCUUCACACGAAUUGGUGCGUCGGAUGACAUUUUGCAUGGGAUGUCUACGUUCAUGGUGGAGUUGGAUGAAACGGCGCAGAUGUUACACUCUGCGAGUGAAAAUUCGUUGGUAGUGUUAGACGAGUUAGGACGGGGGACUUCAACGCACGACGGGUUGGCUAUAGCGCACGCCGUUGUGCUUUAUACCAUUAAACACAUUAAGCCGCUUCUUAUAGUGUCCACACAUUACCACCAACUUUGUGAGGAAUUUGGUGAUCGUGGUGAUGUGAAGUUAUCGCAUAUGGGGUGUACGAUAGUUGAGAACAAAAUAGUAUUUCUCUAUAAGUUAUUAGAUGGGUCAUGUCCUAAAAGUUAUGGGAUGAAAGUUGCUGAGAUGGCUGGGAUCCCACAAGAUGUUGUGAAGAGAGCUGAGAGUAUCGCGAAUUGGUUUGAGAUUUAUUCGUGGUGGAAGAAUAAUAUAGAAGCUCAAGAGUUUACUGAUGUGGUUUGUAACAACAAACUUCCCUUCUUCGAUUGA